CCUCACGACUUUUCAUUCCGUGUGCGCAUUUAAAUUCCAAAGCUCUUGGUUUUUAGAUACAUCACUCUGUUGGUACAGGAUACCGCUCUUAAUAACUAGCGGCAGCUUAGGGUCGGCGCCCAAUCCAGAUUUGGGGGCAAAUUGUUUUAGGGGGAGAAUAUUGAGUUAGGUAUCUGGGUGGCCACGAGGCUGUGUUGCCUUCCCCCUCGAUACCAUGGCGUCCAGCACAUCUUUCGAGAUGCCCAAAGCGGCGUCCGAAGGCUUCAAGGACGGCAAGGCGUACGAUGCCCACCGGCCAUCAUACCUGCCCGAAGCCGUACAGGCCCUUCUGGAGAAACUGAAGGUCGCGGGAAAACCAGGAGCAAGGAUCAUCGAGGUCGGCUCGGGCACGGGGAAGUUCACAGAGGUCCUCGCCCGGCGGCCGGAGAACUUCGAGAUCGUGGCCAUCGAGCCGCUGGACAGCAUGCGCAAGCAGCUCGAGGACAAGAAUCUUGACGGUGUCAAGGUGCUGGACGGACAAGCUACCCUGCUUCCGGUUGAGGGGGCGUGGGGGGACGCCUGUAUCGUCGCACAGGCUUUCCACUGGUUCGCGACUGACGAGGCCCUGGACGAAAUGGCAAGAGUCCUGAAGCCAAUGGCUGUCCUGGGGCUCGUUUGGAACAUCGAGGACUACAACAAGCCCAUGUCGUGGCCGGCCAGCACGCAGUGGGAACAGAAGCUGAGCGACUUUGUCCACGCCCUUCCGGAGGACGGCCACCUCCGGUUUCGGCACUCCAAGUGGCAGGAAGUCUUUACGCGUCAGCUCUCAAACAACCCCAUUCGGGCGCUAAGGGACGGCAUGGCGGACCACCUGCCGCGCUUUAGCUUGCCGAUUGGCGAGCAGCGGAUACCUUUUACUGUUUGGCUCGAGAAGGACGCCAUGUGGAAGCGUAUCAACACACUCAGCCAGGUGGCUGUCCUCAAGGACGCCCAGAAGGACGAGGCCAGGCGCAUAUUCGACCAGGCCCUCGAAGGCCCCGACGUCGAGAGGAACGACAAGGGCGAGAUCGCCCUUCACGACAUCACGUACCUCGCCUGGACGGACAAGAUCGGCGGCGGGUAUUAGCUCGAUUGGGAAAGCAGAGGCAAGAAGCGAGAUGGGUUACCAAUAAGGGGCUUAUGGCGAAGAAUACUUGACUCUACUUGUCACGCCGCGCCCCCUUUCUGCAGGGCGAGCGCCAAGCGCCACUCCCGCGGGCAGUCGCCCCUAUAGAGGCAGGAACCUUCGGAAAACUCCCUGUUCGUUUUUCCAUGGAUUGUCGGAAUGGAUUUCCCCAUAAAGGACUAGCAUGGAAGACCCAAGAUACUUAUGACCUAUAACCUUCAUCAUGAGCGCAUCGGCGCCAUCGCCAAAAGGAACAGAUUCUUCAUUGUGCAUUUUCCCCCUCUACUAUCCCUCAAAAUCCAAGAGGUAGAGUGGCAGGCGAUAAAGGAUAAGAAAAGCAAUGAAUUGGGGUUUACGCAGAUGGGUAAGACUAAAAUUCUCGCCCUUGCUGCUAGAAGCGCAGCGCAUGACAAGCUAUGAUGAGGCCGCAAUAUACAUAACUGAGGGAGAAGGUCAG